AUAAGUGCGAAUAUAAAAGCCGGGAUUAUUCCAUCAGCGCAUGAAUCAGCAACCGCAACACAUCAGACAUCUUCAUGAUCAGACGUUGUCGGCUGUGGUGAGCACUCUUUUAUGCCAUCAUGGGAACAUUCAACGAUUCUGCGGCAACCAAUGUUUCACUGCCAACUAAUUCUGUUUUUCGUGUAACGUCGAAUGCCACCAUCUGGUUAGCUGUUUAUGCACUGAUCUGUGGAUUCGGCAUCAUCCUUAACUGCUUUCUCUUGGUGGUCAUCUUAACACAGCGAAAGCUCCAAACGGGUUCCGGUUGGCUAAUCGCUCACAAGCAGAUUUUGGAUGUGAUACUCUGCGCUAUUAUUUUCCCCAUAAUGAUUUCCCCGGUAAUCAAUUUGUAUGUGAACAUCGAGGGGCUAACGGUGAACUGCGUGUGGGCUCAGUUUGUUCAGUUGACCUUGAUGCAGGUUGGCUACUGGACGGCUUUUUUUCUGGGUGUCAACCGGUUGUUCGCGCUGCUAUUGCCACACAAGUAUUCCGUCAUUGCUGCGAAACCCUCCUUAGUCGGAUGUAUUGCAUUUUCUUGGUUUAUCGUACUCGUUUGCGAUAUUCCGACCCUGUUCAACAUUGGCAUGAAGUUCGGUGUUACGGUGAACUCAUGUGGAAUCCUCGGCCCUACUGACAACUUCACAUACAUUGUGAUGACCGCGUUCGGGCAGUACAUUCCUGUGGUACUCUCGGGUGUGAUCUACAUUACGAUAUUUUUAACAAUCCGGAUUAAGAUGAGCAGUCGAGUGGGUGCUGCGGGACAACGGAGUGAUGUCUCGCGCAGGCGAGUGGUCAUUGCCAAAUUGCUGUUCGCGUCCUACAUAUGGAAUACGGUGUGCAGUCAGCUGCCGAUUGCCUUGAUACAGUUGGUACCACGCAGUGCCGGCAAUCGCGCGCUCCUGUCGCUGUGGUUGCGCACCAUUCACGCUCUGGAAUAUGCCGCCAAUCCGAUGUUCUUCCUCUUGUUAAGCGACGAUUACCAGCAAGGCAGCAAACAGCUUUUGAACGAUUUCAUUCGGUCACUGCGCACUGCGAUCAGCAGCUGCUUGUUAUUCUUGUACAAUCGCAUUGUCGUGGAUUCGGUGGGAGCCGACAAUCGAGGAGUCGGCGGAAAGGACUCUAGCACUCGAGGUUUCGGUAAUAAGUAA